AUGGGUGUUUUGGCAAUCUUGUCAAAUGAGAGUUCAUGGAGGGCCCUUGCGCAAAAACUAGGUGUUGAGGUUGCCGAGACCGAGAUGGUGAUCUAUGCCACAGGAACUAAGAUGAGGGGUGCCGGAGUGGGGGUGCCAUUGGCAUGGGGAGGCGCUAUGGUGUCAAAUGUAAUGCCUCAUGCAUUGGGUGCUGAUGGAGAGGCACUCAUGGUGUUGGGCACUACUAUAGAGACCCCUAUGGUGAUGGGUGCCGCUGGAGAGGAGCCCAUG